GUGCCCAGCAACAUGCUAUUGGCGCAGCUGUGGGUAUGAUCUCGGGUAUUAGUGCCGAGAAAUGGGUUCAACGAAAAUCAGCACACAGAGAUGCUGUGCUGCACCAGUAUAUUGUGUCACACCCUGAUGAUUUCCCCCCUAUUGAACGAAAGAAAUAUGCCAGUGUCUUAGAGCAGUGGGUGCCAAUGCGGUAACUUCCUACAUUGUUCCACAGAAUAUCUACAGACUAAUAAAUUACAUAUAUUUUAUAAAUAUGUGAAGAAGAAUGUUUAACAUUUUAAUGAAAGUGGAAAGUCCACAUGGACGUGUACUAAAUUAUUAAAUGUGAAUGGGCUGAAGGUACAGGAAAGAGUCUUGUGGUAUUCUAGAGCAAUGUGCUUAAGUUGACUUUAGAUUAUAAAAUAUGUAUAUAUGAAUAAAUAUUUCCAUCUUUA